AUGGCUUCCCCUCUAUCUGCUGCGCGAUCUUCGCGCAAGCUCGCGCAAAACAUGGCAGGCAGGCGUUUCGCCUCCGACAUUUCCAUCACCAGGACCGGCAAGCCCAUCACCCGGGUCGAAGGUGGCCGAUCAUCCCUUGGAGGCCACACGGCCACCGUUUUUGGUGCCACAGGCCAAUUGGGUCGAUAUAUCGUGAACCGCCUGGCUCGUCAGGGUUGCACGGUUGUCAUCCCCUACCGCGAGGAGAUGGCCAAGCGCCACCUCAAGGUCACAGGAGAUCUCGGCCGAGUAGUCUUUGUGGAAUACGACCUUCACAACACUGCUUCCAUCGAGGCUAACGUACGGCAUUCGGACGUCGUGUAUAAUCUGGUCGGCCGAGACUACCCAACCAAGAACUUUUCUCUCGAGGAUGUUCAUGUCGAAGGAACGGAGCGAAUUGUCGAGGCUGUCGCGAAAUACGACGUCGACCGAUACAUUCAUGUCUCGUCGCACAGCGCCGACUCCAAGUCCAAGUCAGAAUUCUAUGCCUCCAAGGGCCGAGGUGAGGAGGUCGCGCGAAGUGUCUUCCCCGAAACAACGAUCGUCAGACCGGCGCCCAUGUUUGGGUUCGAGGACAAUCUGCUCCUCAAGCUUGCUUCUGUUCUCAACCUUUUCACGGCAAAUAACAUGCAGGAGAAGUUUUUCCCCGUUCACUCCAUCGAUGUUGGCGCAGCCUUGGAGAAGAUGCUAUAUGAUGACUCUACUACCGGCCAAACCUAUGAACUUUACGGACCCAAGGAGUACAGCAUGGCUGAGAUUGCGGCAAUGGUUGACAAGGAAAUAUACAAACAACGGCGUCACAUCAACGUGCCGAAGGCUAUCCUCAAACCGAUAGCCGGCGUGCUCAACCGCACUCUUUGGUGGCACACGUUGUCCGCCGACGAGAUUGAGCGCGAGUUCAUGGACCAAUCGAUAGACGCUAACGCGAGAACAUUCAAAGACCUCGGUAUCGAACCAGGCGACAUUGCAAACUUCACGUACCACUAUUUGCAAGGAUUCCGCAGCUCACACUACUACGACCUACCACCGGCAACGGAGAAGGAGAGGCGCGAGGACAAGAAGUACAUUCACGUUCUAGAUGAGUUGUAA